CACGGAAACGACAGCUGCGGCGGCGGAGCUGGCGCCGCCUCCCUCCACCUACCACGUCUGCCCCCGCCACUCUCGCCAGGCGCCCCAGCCCGGCCGCGGCGCCUCCCCGCUAGGUCAGCGGGCAGCUCCGCCCGGCUGCCGCCCAGGAUGAACAUCAUGGACUUCAAUGUGAAGAAGCUGGCGGCCGACGCGGGAACCUUCCUCAGUCGUGCAGUGCAGUUCACAGAAGAAAAACUUGGCCAGGCGGAGAAGACAGAACUGGAUGCUCACUUAGAGAACCUUCUUAGCAAAGCUGAAUGUACCAAAAUAUGGACAGAAAAAAUAAUGAAACAAACUGAAGUGUUAUUGCAGCCAAAUCCAAAUGCCAGGAUAGAAGAAUUUGUUUAUGAGAAACUGGAUAGAAAAGCUCCAAGUCGUAUAAACAACCCAGAACUUUUGGGACAAUAUAUGAUUGAUGCAGGGACUGAGUUUGGCCCAGGAACAGCUUAUGGUAAUGCCCUUAUUAAAUGUGGAGAAACACAAAAACGAAUUGGAACAGCAGACAGAGAGCUGAUUCAAACAUCAGCUUUAAAUUUUCUCACUCCUUUAAGAAACUUUAUAGAAGGAGAUUACAAAACAAUUGCUAAAGAAAGGAAACUAUUACAAAAUAAAAGGCUGGAUUUGGAUGCUGCAAAAACCAGACUAAAAAAGGCAAAAGCUGCAGAAACCAGAGCGUCACAACUAAACUCAGCUCGCCUUGAAGGAGAUAACAAUAUGGUAAAUUUCUCUUACAUGCUCAACUUCCUGCAUGUAAAAUGGCUGAAGAUUUGGGCAGAGGAAGUGACAAAAUCUGAACAGGAAUUGAGAAUAACUCAAAGUGAAUUUGAUCGUCAAGCAGAAAUUACAAGACUUCUGCUAGAGGGAAUCAGCAGUACACAUGCCCAUCAUCUCCGUUGCCUGAAUGACUUUGUGGAAGCCCAGAUGACUUACUAUGCACAAUGUUACCAGUACAUGUUAGACCUCCAGAAACAACUGGGAAGUUUUCCAUCCAGUUAUUGUAACAACAAUCAAACUUCUGUGGCACCCGUACCAUCUGCUUCAUCAAAUGUGAUUGGUUCUUCUGCCUUGACUUCAACAAGUGGCCUAGUAAUCGCCUCUCCUACCAACCUCAUUGACCUUAAGGAGUGCAGUGGCAGUAGGAAGGCCAGGGUUCUGUAUGAUUAUGAUGCUGCAAACAGUAGUGAAUUAUCACUUCUAGCAGAUGAGGUGAUCACUGUGUUCAGUGUCGUUGGAAUGGAUUCAGACUGGCUAAUGGGGGAAAGGGGAAAUCAGAAGGGCAGGGUGCCAAUUACCUACUUAGAACUGCUCAAUUAAAUAGGUGGACUAUGGAAAGAUUACCCAUCAUGACACCAGUAUUUAUAUACAAUUAACUCUAAAUAAAGCAGGUUUAAGUAUCUUCCAUGUUAAUGUUCUUAGGAGACUGAAAAGAAAAUACCAGCCAUCAGAAACCAGCCUUUCUGCCAAUAAAAUUGCAUGGUGAAUGUUUCAUUACAGAAUUUAUGUUAGUGCUUUCAUGCCAAGAAUGUUUUCUUACAAAAUUCUCUUUCUACUGAGGUUUCACUAAUAAGCAGCUUCUACUUUUGAGCUCCAACUUAAAGCAGAAGAACUGUUUUCUACUGAAUUUUUCAUUAUUGGCAAGCUUUUUCUUUUAUGUAAAAUAAAUUUAUUGUGAAUUGAUAUCAGUGACUCAUUUAUUAGGUAUAAUUAAUAGCCAAAGAAUAAAAUUAAAAUUUGUUUUAAGCUUUUGGUUUAAAAAGAGCUCUAAGAUAUAAGCCUCUUUUGUGGAAGAUAUAAUAUUUCUGAAUGUUUCCAUAAACAGAAAUGCAGUUAUACCAUGUUUACCUUGUUUUCCAACAGAAAUUGAAUUAUUUCAAUAUUAUAUCUCAGUGGUUUAUUUUGGGGGGUUUGGGGGUUUUUAUUAAACACUACUGAAUGAUUUCUUCUAAAUUUAAGAAAAACUAGUCCUUGAAAAGCAUUACCAUGUUACUCUGGUAUAUUUUCAGUUAAGGUUCUAAAACAUCUGGAACAAGUUCAAUUCGCUAAACUGUUUUUUUAAGAUUGUUCAGUUGGAACAAUUUUUAAUGCAUAAUCAGAAUCGGAUCUGUUAAGAACAUACUUCAGUAGAGAGAAUUUCUUCUUACAGAACAACAAAUCCUUAUCAAAAAUAUGGAUUAGUGCAACUACACCCAUCAAAGAGGAAUAUUGUAUACAAACAGAAUACAUCUUUGGUUACUCUGAGCCUACUAAUUUUGAAUAUUUAUUAAUGAACUUAGGUUAUCUUGAUCAGAAUCCCUGGUUAUGAAACACACUCAUGAAAUUAUUAGUGCCACACUUGCAGUCAGAAAAUUGCUAUUUGGACCAUUGCUGUGAGUCAGAUUGUUCCCAUAUUAGGACUGCUGCAUUCAUUCUCAUUCAUUCAUUAUUCAUUCAUUGUUGAGGGCCAGGCACUAUGCUGAUAACUGGGGAUAUUAUCUGUAUCCCCAAGAUGCACAGUCCUUCCCCCUGCAGACCUUAAAGACCAGUGGAGAAUACAGAAAAAUAAGCAGUUGCCAUAUAACAGAGUCCAUGUCAUGAUAGAAGAAAUACAGGGUACUGUGUUUGGGAACUUUGGGAGUCACCUAAUUCAGAUUUGGGGAGUGGGAGAUGGUUUGGAGAGGAAGUGUUCCAGGCGGAGAGAAAAAUUAUGUGCCAGGCCUGGAGCCAAGAGAAUGUAGCAUAUUCUGACAAUAAAAGUUUAGUCUGGCUUA